CGUCUUCCUUGCCAAGUCGUCCAACCUAACCAAUCAAACAACCAUUACUCUCUCUCUCUCUCUGCCUCUCCCUAUCCAACUCCGCAUUAGUUGUUGUUGUGGUUGGUGCCAUACUUAUCGUCUCUUCCAGGCAAAAGUGCAAAACAAACAUUCUUCCUUCCUUUUUUUAAAAAAAAUUCCUUCUGUAAUUUAGUUCCUUCUCUAGUUGUCUUUGUUUAUAUCGCCGGCUUCGGGGACGAUCCUAUAUUGAAGAUUUGAAAUCCUUCUGUUCUUCGAUACCCACAAGAGAGACUGAAUUGAAUUGAUCAAUCAAAUGGCUCGAAAGAAGAUCAGAGAGUACGAUUCCAAGAGGCUUCUCAAACAACACCUCAAGCGCCUCGCAGGCAUCGACCUGCAGAUCUGCUCUGCUCAGGUUACAGCAUCUACCGACUUCACCGACUUAACAAACAAAGAACCAUGGCUUUCAUCUACUAGAUUGGUUGUCAAGCCUGAUAUGCUGUUUGGGAAGCGUGGGAAAAGUGGCUUGGUUGCUUUGAACUUCGAUCUAGCUCAAGUUGCUGAAUUCGUCAAGGCACGCCUUGGAGUUGAGGUUGAGAUGGGUGGCUGCAAGGCUCCUAUAACUACAUUCAUUGUUGAACCAUUUGUUCCUCACGAGCAAGAAUAUUAUCUCUCAAUAGUCUCUGAAAGGCUUGGAUGUACCAUCAGCUUCUCAGAAUGUGGGGGUAUUGAAAUUGAAGAAAACUGGGAUAAGGUUAAGACUAUAUAUCUUCCAACUGAAAAGCCUAUGACACUUGAGGCUUGUGCUCCAUUGAUAGCUACACUUCCUUUGGAGGUUAGAGGAAAGAUUGGAGACUUCAUAAUGGGUGUCUAUGCCGUAUUUCAAGAUCUGGACUUCAGCUUUGUAGAGAUGAAUCCGUUUACUCUGGUAAAUGGGGAGCCAUAUCCACUGGACAUGAGAGGAGAAUUGGAUGAUACUGCCGCCUUUAAGAACUUUAAGAAUUGGGGUAGCAUAGAGUUUCCACUUCCUUUUGGAAGAGUUUUGAGCCCUACUGAAGGCUUUAUUCAUUCGUUGGAUGAGAAGACAAGUGCAUCCUUGAAAUUCACAGUGUUGAAUCCAAAGGGGCGUAUCUGGACAAUGGUAGCUGGAGGUGGUGCAAGUGUUAUAUAUGCUGAUACAGUUGGAGACUUGGGUUAUGCAUCAGAGCUUGGGAAUUAUGCUGAGUAUAGUGGAGCUCCAAAUGAGGAGGAGGUGUUGCAGUAUGCUAGAGUUGUUAUUGAUUGUGCCACCGCUAACCCUGAUGGUCGUAAAAGAGCCCUCCUCAUUGGAGGGGGUAUUGCUAACUUCACAGAUGUUGCUGCUACAUUUAGUGGGAUUAUUCGAGCAUUGAGAGAGAAGGAAUCUAAGUUAAAAGCUGCUAGAAUGCACAUUUAUGUUCGUAGAGGUGGUCCAAACUAUCAAACUGGUUUGGCAAAGAUGCGUGCUCUUGGAGAAGAGCUGGGAGUUCCCCUUGAGGUUUAUGGGCCAGAGGCCACCAUGACUGGAGUCUGCAAGCAGGCCAUCGACUGUAUCAUGUCUGAAGCAUGAGAUCAUAUGCAUCUCUUUUGUUUGUCAGUUGUGUUGCAAGGUGUGAAAAUACAAUCGCAAAACACUUCCUUGGAAGGCAUAAGCUGGAUUGGAUUGGAUUGGAUUGCUUGGAUUUUGAAACAUUAUCGCAAUAAGCAUGUAUAAUCAUAUGAUGGGGUUCCUGGCAAGCUCUUUGCAUUUUGGUUCCUUAGUUUACAAAUAGAUGAACUCUUCGCAA